UCGGGUUCAUACGCGUGAUAGCUCUCCGCAACCGGAGGCCAUACGAAAAAAUGGCGCUGGUUUCGUCGGCUCUUCUCUCUGGCUUCUCUACCAUUUCAUCAUCUUCUCUUUGCUCCUCCCUUCAAAAAUUCUUCAUUUCUACCUCCGUCCUUCCUCCUUCCUCAAUCCCACUCCAUUCCCAGUUUCUCCUCCUUGAUCGCUCUUCGCGUCACUUAUCCUCAACCCCAUCUUCUUUCGCGCGCACUGCCCACCUCCGCCGCGAAACCGGGCACGAAGAUUCCGUCUUCCCCAUAAUCUCCGACUUAGAAGAUGCAGAUAAAUUACGGGAAGAAGAUGAAUCCCUGGCGACCGAAUCAGUCAAAGUGUGGCUUCCGAGCUUCCCAGUCCCUAAGCUCACCAUCAAGGAGAAGAAGGAAUUAGCUUCCUAUGCUCAUAGCCUCGGUAAGAAGCUCAAAUGCCAGCAGGUCGGCAAAUCUGGUGUCACCCCUACUGUCGCGGGCGCCAUGGUCGAAGCCCUCGAGGCCAAUGAGCUCCUAAAGCUCAAAAUACAUGGAAGCUGCCCUGGGGAGCUCGACGAU